UACACCCUGACCGGUGAGCGGAAAACCAACGUUUCCAGCACGAACAGGCAAAGGGAUGCACAUGUUCUCGCCGCAGACAUGACUUAAAAAAUACAACCUUUUUGAAUGGAUUCAACCUAAAAACAUUGUGCUCAUAUAUGGAAUUGAAUUUGUUAACGGUGCCACAGUGAGGAGUUCUGAGGUAGUGACACACUUCCUCAGAGGUGAGCCGGGUUGCAGUGACAUGGUAAUAGUUUCUGAAUGGCUCCGGACAGCAAUGGACCAGAGGAGCAUCUGUGGUUUGCCCAUGACUGAUGAAGACACUGGUUUGGAGGCUUUUGCCUCACCACUGGCGGGGUAUUUGGGAAAAGUUCAAGAAAGAGCUGCCUCUCUAGAGGUUUGUCCCUGGUGUACCUCAAAGGGCUUGAACUAUGCUCUGCGCUCGUACCGCAUCAACUUACAGGAGUCAGUCACACUCUGCACAAACCCACAGUGCCUUUUCCCCUUGGUCAGCCGGUCUUUGGAGGAUGUUUUGGCCAGCUUGGUUCCUGUGAAGCCUCCUGUUGGGAGCAAAAAAAGAAAUGCUGUGGCACUGGAAGAAGAAAAACCGGAAAACAAACGUCUGCGACCAAGUGAUCAGGACAGACAAAGUCUUACAGGCACACUUACCAGUCAAUUGGAGCCUGUUUCUGUAAACGCUGUUUGUAAUGGCCAACAUGCAGCACCAAAGACGGACAGUGGAAUACCAAAUGGAUCACAAGAAUCACAAGAAAAAGAUGUCAAAGAUAAGGAGCCAGAGAAUGCUACUUAUACGAAUGGUUUUGUUUCUCCAUGCUCAACCUCAGCUGGACAGCUGCAGAGCUCAUCAGAUGCCUUGUUUAUCAAUGAAGUGGACGAGUGUGAGACAGAGGAGAAAGACAACUUUAGGCAGGUGAAGAAUCCUCCUGAGACACCAAACAGGCGCUGCAUUUUGGACUCCAGUGAGUGCCUUUUCAUACAUCAGGACAUUCAUUCAACCAAAAUCAAUACUCCAUCGCCUCAGCACAGUGAGCUGGUAGAAAGGACGAGACAGAAAUCACAGACUGCAGACAAGACCACGUGUAAGGACAUACAAGGCGUUAAGUCAGAGGCAGAUAUCGGUCUAACAGAGGCAGAUGAGCUUGUAGCUGCUCCCAGUCAGCUUUUCUGGAAGAAUAGCGAUAACCUGUGUUGGCUAGACUCUCUGCUUGUUGCUUUGGUAAACUGCAAGAUCCUGAGAAAGUUUACAGCUAAAGAUGGGCCCAAGGAAUCUUCUGUUUGCAGGCUGCUGCGAAAAUAUGAAGACAUUUGUGCUUCUGUCCAAGCUCAUCACAGAACCUGCAAAGAUGGCAUUGUGAGGGUUCCUCAUCAUGUGCUGCAAAAAGCUGAGGAAGACCUACAAACUCUCAGGAUGUCGAUCUUCAAACUUCUGCAGCCAAAGCUGCAAUGCAAACUGGGUGUCGAGGAAACGCCUGUGUUUGCCAUGCCGCUUCUGCUUACCACAGACUCAUGGGCGGAGCCUCUCUUCCAGACAACCUUCCACUGGGAGUUCAAGUGUAAAGAAUGCAAAGUUGCCAUGACAGAAAGAGUCAUGAAGACUCUUCCUACCUUCACAAAAAUCUUAUCUGAUUGGCAUCCUCUUCACGCCGUCCACUCCGCCCCGUGUAAUGUGUGUGGCAAGAAGGAUCAGAGAAGGACAAUGUUAAUGGAGAGUUUGCCUCCAGUAUUCUUGCUGCACUUUGUAGAGGGCCUUCCUGACAACGAUGUCAGAGUCUACACCUUCACCUUUAAGGGCAAACGCUACUCAGUCACCACCGUCAUACAGUACGAACAGCAACUGAAGCACUUUGUCACCUGGACUCGAAACCCUGACGGAUCCUGGGUGGAGUACGAUGACCUUAAAUAUCCAGACUGUAACAUUCAUCACAAGCUCCCGGUAACUGCUCGGGAGAUGCACAUCGUCCUCUGGGAGGCCGAGGACGAUGAGGAGCCUCGCAUCUGUUCUCCUUCAAGCACGUUUACUGAAUCUCCACCAUCUAAACACGAGACAAACUCUGCUGUAUGUGACAAAGACUUAAAAGCAGAUGAACUUCUAGCUUCAGAUCAGUCAAUUUUCAUGUCCCAUGAGGACUCGGACAUUGUGUGUGCACUCUCAGCAUCUGAAAACACAACAGUCACAGCAGGUCUUGAUGCAUCGAUAGGUUCAACAACACUACUGGACACUUUUGAAGGCCUCAGCCACAAUGACAUCAUCACGCUCACACUUGUGGAAUUAAAACCUGAUUCAGAAAGUCCACCACAAAGUCAGAAUAUGGUCACUCCCAGUGAUAAUGAAAUACUUGACUCUACACCAGACAGUUCCUCUGCUGUUGUACAUAUAGAAAACUCUCACAGCCAUGAUGUGGAGCUUUCUGCCCCCCCAGAUUCCUCUGCAUCUGAAGACAGCUCGUCCAGCGAUCCCACGUUUGUGCCACCUGCCAGAAAGACAAGAGGAGCUGGCAGAGGAAAAUCUGUCUCAAGACAAAACACAAAAAAGUCAACCUCAUCCAAAACUGUCCUGAAUGUUUCUGCAUCAUCUGAGCUGCCCAAAGUGAUCAGUAACAAACCUGAAGAUGCUCCAGCUCCUGUGGAAAAUACUCAGCAAGUGUCCCCUGUUUCUUCUACUGAUGCCUCUCCCAUGUGCACUGGUAAGGACAGUCCUGCAGUGCCGUCACCGCUAGAUCAGAACGUCCGAUGGUCUUUCCUCCUCAGUCAGCACCCACUGCACAAAUCUAAAAUUCCACCCACCCCUGCAGCACAAGUGAAGAAAUCCCCUCCUCAAUCUUACUCCACACCAAACCCUGUGAGAAAACCACAGAUCUCUGGAGGAGUCUUCCCCAAACCGCAGCUAAAAACAGAGAAGAGUGACGGACUCCCGCUGAAAGCUGCAGAAAUGUACGGAGCAUUUGGCUCAAAGAGCUCAAUCCCACCAAGUCACCUUCCACCCUCUGUGCUUCCCUGUGACAAAUCAAACCUUUUAAAACCCCUCAAUUUACUCUCAAACACUACAGUUACAUCUGGUACGUCACUUUCUAUUCUUAGAGAAAAGGAAAUGUCCUCCUCUGGAAAACACAGCAGCCAUUCUUCAAAGAUUCCUCCAGGUCUCACCUCCACUGAAGCCCUCAGGUACAGGCUGAUCAAGAAACUAAAGGCAAAGAAGAGAAAGCUUGCUAAGCUUAAUGAAAUGUUGGGGCAUCAGGGCGGAGCUGGCCUCCGACCGGACAGCACUGACUUGGGCUCUCCCAACACCGUCACCUCCAGCACCUACGACGGCUCCAUCUGUGACGACUUCCUCUCCGACUUGCUUUCACCAGCGACGACGGCCAGCAACCUCUCACCAGACAGCACGGGCUUCCUCGAGAUGCUCGCCAGUGGGCAGGAUGGAGCCGAGCAGCUGGACUGCAGGGUCGUAGCAAACGGUGCAGCAUUACAGUCAAACUCAUUUGUGAAUGAGCCAAACAGAGAUAACUUUCUGGAAGAGUUUCUAUCACAGGCAGUGGCUCAGAGGUCGACAGGUGAUGAGAUGGAGGCAUUUAGCUCUCUGGAUUUUUUUGUGUGAGCUGCAUGUCUGAAAAAAUUAGGAAAAAUUAUUUCUUCAACAAUGUUAUCUUGAGUCACCGGUUGCUGCUUAGCUUGAAUUUCCACAGUUUGCCAGUUAAGAGUAGUAAAACAUCAGAGGGCAUCUAUAUUUAUAUAAAUAUGGAUAGUUUGAAUAAAGCAGUAUGUGUCUGGUCUUGUAUAUUCAAUCAUAGAUGAUUUCGUUAAACGAAUUUGAACUUUCCUACAAGUUUGGCACUUAGUUGUUAAUAUAGAAACUGUAUUUAAGUGGUUUGUAUGAAUUUAUGUUUACAUUUGAAGCUGUUUAAUGGCCGUUUUAUGUUCGGCAAAUUACUUGAAUUCCAAUGAUGAAUAUUUUGUGGUGUUUAAUAAAUCCUCUAGAUCACUCUAGAAUUUCAAACAUG